AAUUCUCAAACAAUUUGUGUGUGGUUAGCGGGGCAUCGCCAUGACAACAGCUCCCAAGAUCCAUGAGAUCUUUGUCGAGGAUGAGGAAGGAGCCUUGGGGCAUAUGCCCUUUGAAGUGGCACAUGCACUCUUGCGCUUGGGUUGGCAUGAGUCUUGGUUUGCAGCCCUGGCGGCCCUUCCAGAAGGCCAUGAGGAACGCCGAGAAAGCCACCAAAGCUUGGCUAAGGAGGCGCGAGAAACUUGGAAUGUCCUGGCCAUGCCCUGGGCUAGUGGGCCCCGAGGUGGCCAACGUGGUCGAGACGUGGUGGAGAAUGUGAGAAGCUUGACACGUGCGGCCGCCAAGCAUUGCGCUGCCAUGCGCAUCUACAAGGAGAAGGAUGGGAAAAGCACUGUGGAGCUUCAGAAGCCAGCAGAAGAGCCUUAUAAGGAGUUUGAGUCAGCUCGGAGCACUCUAAGUAACUUGCAUGGCACACUGGCCCAUGUGUUGGUUGAGCGCAUUGUGGAGGUGGUGUGGGCUGCCGGCUGGCAUGCAGCCAACACAGUUGCAAACAUUGAUGAUUCCAAUGAAGAAGGGGAGGAAGAGGAGGAGCAUGAGGAAGAAGAGGAAGAAGGCGAGGAUGGAGAUGAUGAAGAGGAAGAUGAGGAAGACGAGGAAGAUCGCUUUGGUGAAGAUUAUCCAGGUUCUUCGGAUGACCCUGUGGAGGACAUGCGACAUCUGCUGGAGGCUUUUCACAACCUCUUUCACUCUGAUGAGCCAUGUCGGGGUGUUCGUUGCUCCUUAGCUUCCGAGUCCGAAGGUGUCCCUGCCCUUGAGACGAUCUCCCGCGUUCCAGGGACCUGGGGCGAUGCUGGCUUGAACUCAGUUCGACUAGUCCUUCCAGACUGGUCUGGCUGUAGCGAUGCCGUCGACAGCACCGCGGGCGACUUCCUGCUCAAAGCAGAAGCUCUGAAUCUGCGAGUCAUUCUGGAACUGCCGGCAGUUCCAGGAAAGGCCUAUGAAGAUUGGCUCCGUGCUUUAUCACGGUCUGUGCAUCCCAUGAAGUGCGUGAGGGGUGUAGCUUUGCCCCGAAUCCAAGAUACCUUCCGUGCGGCUGGUUUGGUGAGUGCCCUGCGGCAAGGUGGGCUCACACAGGACCGGUGUGCCUGCUUCCUGCAGCUGCCUGCGGGAAAGAUUGAGGAGUGUCAAGAGAAGUUGUAUAAGAGUGAUUUGGACACGGAAGCGGCCCAGCUCCCCUUGUGGAUUUCCGAUGGCCACGUCCUGAUGGAGGCUCCAGCACAUGUACAACUUCCGGACAAGCCAGAGUCGCCGCAAGUGAUUCUGGAUGCGGCUUCGGCACUGUCUGAAGAGCACAAACAUUUGGACCUCGUCAGCAGCUGGAGCUUGACGAUUCCAAGUCCGCUGCCGAAGCUCCCUCCAGGUGCCAAAGAAAUUGAGCUCAUCCAGGAGUUCGCGCAACGAAUGGUGGCAUCCAUGGAGGUGGCUGCACGUGGCUGGUUCUUUGAUUCAUGGAAUGCCAAGGGCGAGCAAUCCUUACAAGCUUGCUUGGAAAGGGGUUGGAUCAAUUUGGCCGCCACGGAACAGAUCAUGUACCCCCACGGCAGUCACACCACAAGCUUGGUCUACUUACAUGGAUUUACCUGUUCAGGUUAUGACUACUUGAAAGAGCCGUACUUCGUUUAUCGACCGAAGCCCAAGAAAAAGAAGAAGGCAAAGAGCAAGGAGGAGGAUGAGGAGGAUGAGAUGGAGCCAUUCCCUGGUUUGAAGGUGGUGUAUCCGACUGCUCCAAAGAGAGCUAUUACAUGUUACCAGGGGGAAAUCCUACAUGCCUGGCAUGAUUACAUCACUGACCACGAGGGCGACCUCGAGGACGAGCUGUCCUUGGAAGAUCUUCAAGAGACAACAGCUCGAAUACACGCCUUGCUCGAUGCUGAAGCCGCCUUGGUGGGUGGAAAGAACGUCUUUCUGGGCGGAGCUUCUCAAGGCUGUGGAACUGCCCUGCACAUCGCUUUGACCUAUAAGGGCGACUUGGGCGGCGUGAUCGGCGCAAUGGGCCAUUUGUUGACCUGUACACCAAUCACACCUGAGUGGCUUGCAAAGAAGAUCCCAAUUUUCGUGUACAACGGACUGGAUGACACCACCAUGAAGUGGGAAGAGUGGGUGAAGGACACCGGCUGAAGCCUUCAGCCUUGUCGCAUCUUGUCGCCCAGAAGCCUUGUCGUUUGCCAAGUGAUUCAACUGCAGACCGGUCUUCAACAAGCUUAGUGCUGCCUCUUUUGAUGGGUUCAUAAAGCCCGAGGGGUGCCGUCCGAUGCAUGUAGAUCCAAAUGGCAGGCGACUUGGCAGCGGCUGCAAGAUGCCAAAGCAGACAUCCGCAUCGUGUUGGACGAAGGCGUGGAUCAUGGGGAGAACGAGGAAGCUUGGAUGAGGAGCUUCCUAACUGACGUGAUGAAGACGGCUGCACCGAUCUCAGUGAUUGGAAUAAAGCUUGUCAGCUUGUGCCCACGUUAUUGACCCGAACUGUGGCAAACAUGUUACUGUAAGAAUUAAUCUUCACCUUGACAGUUUCGGACCCAUCAUUAUUGCCUUUGACACCAGCUAGAAACACUGUUCGACUAAGGGCAAGGCCAAGAGCAAAGCAUGACUUCAUGCUGUAUAUUGCUGUACUCUCAUGUCUUGUACAUUGUACAUAGCCCCAAAACUCUGGGCGUUCGUUGCCUCGUUCCAAAA